UUCUUCACACGGAGAGAAAAAUACACGACAAUUUCGUGGAAGUUCCCUUCAAUAAUUAGUGUCGAAUAGAAUUUCCCAGCGAGUUCGUCAUAUGUGUUUACGAAAUUUAGACAUGCAUAUAAUGAUCAUUAUCAUAUGUCAAAUGAUAGCGCCAUUCAUUUCUUGUUAAAGUAGCUAUCAGUUUGAACUUUAUGAAUAAACCACUCAUCCCCGAUUACAAUACUAAUCUUCACAGUACGACGAAUAAUAUCGAGUAUAAAUUGUUCCAAAAUGAACUAUUAGUCUCAUUCAUCUCUCAUCGUCUUCUUUGGCAAGUGAAUCUCGUCAUCAUGGAUGUUCGAAGUCACCGCUGCUGAACAGUUAAAUCCAAUCAGACAUGGAUUUACUCUCUGUUAUCGUGAUAUUGGGAUUUAUUCCAGUGGCGAUUCUGCUGGCAAUAAAUGUAUAUCUGCAUCGCAGUCGAAUCGGUCGAUAUGUCGAUGAAAUUCCUGGACCCAAGGGAUUUCCCAUUAUCGGCAAUCUUCUGGAUUUCAUUGUACCAGCCGACGAAGUCUUUCUGCUACUGGGAAAAUUGAGUAAUCAGUUUUAUCCUAUAUAUAAGCACUGGAUUUUGCAUCGGCCGAUGGUGAAUAUUCAACACCCGGAUGAUGUUGAGUUACUGUCUAAUACCAAAGCCAUUGAAAAAACUUCACAUUUGGUUCUCUUGAGACCCUGGCUGAAUGAUGGCCUCUUGUUAAGCACAGGAGAUAAAUGGCGUGGCCGAAGGAAGAUGUUGAAUCCUGCAUUCACCAACUCUCUCCUCCAGGAGUUUGUGGAGACAUUUGCAGAGCAAACUGAUCGACUUUUGAGGUCUCUUAAGGCAGAGGCAAGUGCACAGGGCGGACAAGCUGUCAAGGGAGUUGAGCAGAUGUUCUCGAGGCUCUCACUCAACAUAAUAUGUGAAACAGCAAUGGGAAUAUCUCUGGAUGACAAAGAUCGAGAUCAAUAUGCCUACAUCAAUGCGAUCCCCAUAGCUGCACAAAUAUUUCAAUUCAGAUUCAUGAGACCUUGGUUAUCGAAUAAUUGGAUUUUCUCCUUCACAAAAAUGGGAAAACAGCACGAUAAGGUGCUAGAAAUAAUACACGGAUUUUCAGCAAAGAUUAUUCAAGGGAGAAAAGAUUAUCAUCGCGUGAACGGCUGGCGAUAUUUGGAUGGAUUAUCGGAGGAAAAUACACAAGAGGAAAUCGAGGACAAGAGAAAAAAUCGCCGAAAACUUGCGCUUCUCGACCUCCUGAUCGCCGCAUGGAAAGCCGCCGCAAUUGACGAUGAGGGCAUUCAGGAAGAAGUUGAUAUGUUCGUGGCUGCUGGUCACGAUACUACAGCGGCAGCACUGAGUUUUACAACAUUACUUCUUGCAAAGCAUAAGGAGAUCCAGGACAAAUGUCGGGAAGAAGUCAAUGAAGUAUUAAACGGAAUUCCAACGGGGAAAAUUACCAUGAAAGAAGUUCAGAGGAUGCAUUACCUGCAACAAUGCAUCAAAGAGGCCAUGCGGUUGUACACUGUGGCUCCUCUAGUAUCGCGAAAAGUGACCGAGGACACGAAACUGAAGGAUUAUUUCAUCCCUCGAGGAACUGAGGUUUGUGUUCACAUACAUGCUACGCAUCACGAUCCUAAUUUCUGGCCUAAUCCAGAUGUAUUCGAUCCUGAUAGAUUUUCACCGGAGAGAUCUAAAGGCAGACAUCCUUAUUCAUACCUACCCUUCGGUUUUGGCCCCAGAACUUGUAUUGGGGCCAAGUUUGCACUGCUGGAAAUAAGAACCGUUAUGGCGAAGGUUCUCUCCAAUUUCUGCCUUGAACCCGUGGAUUUAAUUGGUGAUGUACGAUUUUUGAUGGAUUUCAUCAUCAGAUUUGGUGAACCAGUGCACGUGAAAUUAGUUCCGAUUAUUAAAUAAAUUAUCAUCGAAUUGUAGUGUGAUUGUUUAUAAUGAUAAAUGAAAAAUUGUCUUUUAAAUAAAUGAACGAAAAAUUAGAUUGAAUA